AUGCGGCAGUUGUCGCUGCAGGAGGUGGCGGCGGCUGCUGCUGCAGAAGGUGCGGCAGCUGCUGCUGCAGGAGAUGCUGCGGCGGCUGCUGCUGAAGAUGCGGCAGCUGCUGCUGCAGUAGAUGCUGCGGCGGCUGCUGCUGAAGAUGCGGCAGCUGCUGCUGCAGUAGAUGCGGCGGCUGCUGCUGCAGAAGGUGCGGCAGGAGAUGCUGCGGCGGCUGCUGCUGAAGAUGCGGCAGCUGCUGCUGCAGUAGAUGCUGCGGCGGCUGCUGCUGAAGAUGCGGCAGCUGCUUCUGCAGUAGAUGCUGCGGCGGCUGCUGCUGAAGAUGCGGCAGCUGCUGCUGCAGUAGAUGCUGCGGCGGCUGCUGCUGAAGAUGCGGCAGCUGCUGCUGCAGUAGAUGCUGCGGCGGCUGCUGCUGAAGAUGCGGCAGCUGCUGCUGCAGUAGAUGCUGCGGCGGCUGCUGCUGAAGAUGCGGCAGCUGCUGCUGCAGUAGAUGCUGCGGCGGCUGCUGCUGAAGAUGCGGCAGCUGCUGCUGCAGUAGAUGCUGCGGCGGCUGCUGCUGAAGAUGCGGCAGCUGCUGCUGCAGUAGAUGCUGCGGCGGCUGCUGCUGAAGAUGCGGCAGCUGCUGCUGCAGUAGAUGCUGCGGCGGCUGCUGCUGAAGAUGCGGCAGCUGCUGCUGCAGUAGAUGCUGCGGCGGCUGCUGCUGAAGAUGCGGCAGCUGCUGCUGCAGUAGAUGCUGCGGCGGCUGCUGCUGAAGAUGCGGCAGCUGCUGCUGCAGUAGAUGCUGCGGCGGCUGCUGCUGAAGAUGCGGCAGCUGCUGCUGCAGUAGAUGCUGCGGCGGCUGCUGCUGAAGAUGCGGCAGCUGCUGCUGCAGUAGAUGCUGCGGCGGCUGCUGCUGAAGAUGCGGCAGCUGCUGCUGCAGUAGAUGCUGCGGCGGCUGCUGGAGAAGAUGCGGCAGCUGCUGCUGCAGUAGAUGCUGCGGCGGCUGCUGCUGAAGAUGCGGCAGCUGCUGCUGCAGUAGAUGCUGCGGCGGCUGCUGCUGAAGAUGCGGCAGCUGCUGCUGCAGUAGAUGCUGCGGCGGCUGCUGAUGAAGAUGCGGCAGCUGCUGCUGCAGGAGAUGCUGCGGCGGCUGCUGCUGAAGAUGCGGAAGGAGCCGCUGGAGAAGAUGCAGCAGCUGCUGCUGUUGUAGAUGCAGCAGCGGCUGCUGCUGAAGAUGCGGCAGUUGCCGCUGAAGAGGGUGCAGUAGUUGCUGCUGCUGGAAAUGCAGCGGCAGUUGCUGCAGAAGAAGCGGCAGUUGCUGCUGCUGAAAAUGCAGCGGCGGCUGCUGCAGACAAUGCGGCCGUGGAUGCUGCAGGAAAUGACGCGGCGGCCGCUGCAGAAGGUGUGGCUGCGGCUGCUGCUGGAGAUGUAGCGGCGGCUGCUGCAGAUGGCGCGGCGGCUGCUGCUGCUGCAGCUGCAGUGGCGACCAGGCCGCAAACCGGCGGCAACAAGGCCGCGAAUCGGCGGCGACGAGGCCGCGGCCGGGCGGCAGCGACGCCGCAAAAGGCGCGACAGAGUCACGACACGGCCGUGAGAGAGGAAUGA